AUGAAUGCAGCAGCCAAGCGAAAUGACCUCAAUGCUACUGAGCAUUGGUUUCAAGUGGCUUUGACCAAAGGAGUCAAACCGGAUGCUGCCAUGUUGCAGACCCUACUGACCACUGUAGUUCACCAUGGUGAUGAAGUCGCGGCCUCACGCUGGUACCACACCGCGAAGAAACGCUCGGUGCAACUCAGCAGCUCAUCCGUGGGAUCUGUGGCCAUUGCGGCGGCCAGGAAGGGUCAAUUGGAGUUUGCCCGAUCGAUCGUGGAGGAUGGAUACCAGCAAAUGGGCUUAGAGUUCGACCUGAGAACAUACAUUGCAUUAGCUCAAGAGUCCUCAAAGCAAGGGCUGCUGAACGAGACACAGAGCUGGCAGAAGCUUGCGAAGAAGCAUGGCCUCCCAGAAGAUAUCGCCUUUUACGAUGCGGUGCUGACCGCCUGUGCCAAGAGUCCGUAUGUGAAGGCUUCGCAUCGAUUGGCCGUUGAAACCUUUGAACGGGCGCAACAAGCACCGGUGAAGCUUCGCUUGACCACCUUCAAUGCCAUGAUCAACGCUGUGGGACGUGAAGGGCUGCGCUUGGCGGAGCGUUGGUUUGCAAAGACCAUCGAGGCUGGGCUGCGGCCAGAUCGCGUGACCUUCACCAUCAUGGUGAGUGUGGCAGCGAAGCACAGGGAUUUACAAUCUGCUGAGGGAUGGUUUAGGGCGGCCCAAGACGCUGGCAUCAAGGCAGAUGUGGUGAUGUACAGCGCUUUGUUGGACGCUGCAGCUAAAACUGGAAAGCCAGACUUGGCAGAUGAAUGGUUCAAGGAGCUGCUAGCACAAGGCCUCAUCCCGGAUACAGUUGCUUAUACCACCUUGAUGGAAGCCCAUGCGCGGGCGGGAGAAAUGACCCGAGCACGAGGAUACUUCGCUGAGAUGGAGUCCUUCGAGCAACUGCAGAAACCCACUGUGGAGAGCUAUAGUGCGAUCAUCAAUGGGUACGCACGCCUGGGCAACCUGGAGUCUGCUGCUAAGUGGUUCGGAGACAUGGAACGCAAGGGCUUGACUCUCGGCAUUGCUUCAGGACAUGUUUGUCUACCUAUACAGAUGCCCGACGCUCCGAACACGACGCCCGACUCCCUCCAAACCGACGUAGGGAUUGGUGAGAAACCCCAGACUCCUCCAUAG